UCACUUCUAUAUAAGGCCCAGUCUCUCACCUCAGAGCAACAUCAACGGUUCAGACGCACAUCUGCUGUUCAGAAUCUCAAUCAUGGAGUCUAUCUUGUCCCUUGCUCUGUUGUGCGCAUGCUCCUUGGUAUGUUCCGGUGCUGUCUAUAACCGUUAUCCAUCCUACGGGCAGUACCCGGAUGUACAAUACAGAGAUCAAUACUACCCUAACAACUACCCUGGUAACCAGAACCCAGACAGGUAUCCUACUGAUCUGUGGGGAGGACGUUCUCAGGGACAUGACAGAAGAUACCGUCGAUCUGUGCCGUCCCAUGUCAAUGGAUACCCGAGUUACAAACAAACCUACCCGUCCAAUGACUACCCUACGUAUCCUUCACACCUACCAUCCUACCCGUCAACACACACCCAAACCUACCCUGAACAUGUGAACACCUACCCAGCGCAUCAAGACGGUUACCAAGGUCAGAGAUGGAACCAGUGGGGAGCCCAGUCCGGCACCCAGAAAUAUGGCUCUUACCGGGGAUAAAGAUAUAAUUGAUGCUCAUCCGUGACCUCCAAACUUGAAAUCCUCGCUACAGAUUAUGCAAUGUACAAGUCUUUGUGAAUAAAGUUUAUAUUAAGAUGUGCUGUUGUUA